AGAAGAGACAUGAAGAAUAAUCGCCGAUUCAUUCCCGAGAAGGCACGUCUCCUCGCCGUUGUAACCGCCGGCGUGAUCACCACCGCGCUGCUCUUAAUGGUCUUAGGCCGAACGUCCAACGACAACAACGGAAACUCCUUCCUCUGCUCCCUGACCAGCUUGCGAGGCGCCAGAGUAGAGUCCGCCGCCGAUUUCUCCACGACUCCGACCCAGCUCAUAGCCAUACUCCACUACGCCACGUCACGGGUGGUCCCACAGCAGUCACUCGCGGAGAUCAGAGUCUCCUUCGGCGUGCUUCAGUCACUCGCGCCCUGCAACUUCCUGGUCUUCGGCCUCGGCCACGACUCGCUCAUGUGGGCAUCCCUCAACCCACGUGGGACCACAUUAUUCCUCGAGGAGGACCCCAAGUGGGUCCAGACCAUCAUCCAGCGCGCCCCCGUGCUACGCGCCUCCACCGUCCGCUACCGCACGCGCCUCUCCCAAGCCGACGACCUCCUCUCCUCGUACAAGUCCGAAGAGGACUGUUCCCCCUCUAACUUGCGCCUCCGCAACACGCGGUGCAGGCUAGCCUUAACGGAAUUACCGGACGAGGUGUACAGGGAGGAGUGGGACAUGAUAAUGAUCGACGCGCCGAGAGGGUAUUUUCCAGAGGCGCCGGGGAGGAUGGCGGCUAUUUACUCGGCGGCGGUGAUGGCCCGCGCGAGGACACGGCCGGGCGUGACGCACGUGUUCCUUCACGACGUGAAUAGGAAGGUGGAGAGUGUUUAUGCCAAGGAGUUCCUGUGCAUGAAGUAUAAGGUCCAUGGGGUCGGGAGGCUCUGGCACUUUCAGAUCCCUCCGGCUUCUAACAUGACCAAUAACAAUACCGGAAGUUUCUGCUGAAAUUAACCAUUUUUUUUUUUUUUUCAUUUAAUAUUAUAUAAGUUUGAUUAAAUUUUGUGUUUUGAAUGUAUUAUAUAAAUGUCUCGAUGGAGGAUUUUCUUGAGUAUUUGUCUCGUGAAUAAUCAAUCUAUAUCA